UGCUAGAAGCAGGGGCAAGGGGAACGGAGGUGUAAAUAGAAAGCAAACGCUCUCAGUCUUUCUUUCUCCCUUUUAUUUGUUGAAUGAAUUUAUGAACUUAAGUAAUAUAUAAAUACGGGGGGAAAUCUCCAAAACGAGAGGCAAACGCUCGAGCUUUUGAUAUAAUUUCUUUUCGAAUAAUAUAUGUAUUCGUAUAUAUGUAAAUAUUUGCAUUACUAGAAUUAUAGAAGGACCUAUACUUGCGCGGCUCAAAUAUACUACAAUUGUAGCUACUUCUGAAGCUUCUACUACGGCUACUACUAAUAGCACUACUACUACAACUCCUCCCCGGCGAGAAGAUGGCAACUUUAACGAACGGGCAGGUGGACAGCACGGGACACGGCGGCGCUGCCAGCACGAACGGGCUAGUGAACGGAUUAAGCCACAGCCACAGUCCCGCGAGCUGCGCCACCAUUCCCAUGAAGGACCACGAUGCCAUCAAACUGUUCAUCGGGCAAAUCCCACGUAAUCUGGACGAGAAGGACCUCCGACCCCUCUUCGAGGAAUUUGGCAAGAUCUACGAGCUCACCGUCCUUAAGGACCGCUUCACCGGCGUGCACAAAGGCUGCGCCUUCCUCACCUACUGUGCCAGGGAGUCGGCCCUGAAAGCCCAGAGCGCACUUCACGAGCAGAAGACCUUGCCAGGGAUGAACAGACCGAUCCAGGUGAAGCCGGCGGACAGCGAGAGCCGGGGAGAAGACAGAAAACUCUUUGUGGGAAUGCUCAACAAGCAGCAGUCCGAGGACGACGUGCGACGUCUUUUUGAGUCUUUCGGUAACAUUGAGGAGUGCACCAUUCUAAGAGGUCCUGAUGGAAACAGCAAAGGUUGUGCUUUUGUGAAGUACUCCUCCCACGCCGAGGCUCAGGCAGCUAUCAGCGCCCUGCAUGGCAGCCAGACCAUGCCUGGCGCCUCGUCCAGCCUGGUGGUCAAGUUCGCCGACACAGACAAGGAGCGCACCAUCCGCCGCAUGCAGCAGAUGGCCGGCCAGAUGGGCAUCUUCAACCCAAUGGCGCUGCAGUUCGGGGCCUACGGCGCGUACGCACAGGCACAGGUCCAGCAGCAGGCAGCCCUGAUGGCGUCGGUCGGGCAGGGCGGGUACCUCAGCCCCAUGGCAGCCUUCGCUGCCGCUCAGAUGCAGCACAUGGCCACAAUCAACGGCCUGCCCGGCGGACCAAUGACACCCACCUCAGGUGGCAGCACGCCCCCAGGUAUCACUGCCCCCACGGUGACCAGCAUCCCCUCCCCCAUCAGCGUCAACGGCUUCACGGGCCUGCCCCCCCCUCAGGCCAACGGGCAGCCCCCCGCCGAGGCCGUCUUCACCAACGGGAUACACCCUUACCCAGUUUUGCAGGAGAUCAUUUUUAGAGAGGACUCGGAGAAGGGCGAAGUGGGCGUGGCUCAGCGGAGUUGUUUUGGGGUUCAGGGGAGCUGCUUCCUGUCCUCUCUCACUGAAGCAGCACAGAGUCCCACAGCGGCCGACCCCCUCCAGCAGGCCUAUGCAGGAGUCCAGCAGUACGCAGCAGCCUACCCUGCUGCAUAUGGACAGAUCAGCCAGGCCUUCCCCCAGCCUCCCCCCCUCAUCCCUCAGCAACAGAGAGAAGGCCCGGAGGGGUGUAACCUGUUUAUCUACCACCUCCCUCAGGAGUUUGGAGAUGGCGAGCUCAUGCAGAUGUUCCUGCCUUUCGGUAAUGUCAUCUCCUCCAAAGUGUUUGUGGAUCGGGCGACAAACCAAAGUAAAUGCUUUGGGUUUGUGAGCUUUGACAACCCCGCCAGCGCCCAGGCGGCCAUCCAGUCAAUGAACGGCUUUCAGAUCGGCAUGAAGAGACUCAAAGUGCAGCUGAAAAGGCCAAAGGACGCCAACCGCCCCUACUAGCCCCCCCCGACCCCCUCACUUCGCCCCCGCCGGCGAAGACCGCUGGAGCACACAGGAAAAAACAGGUUUUAUGGAGUCGGGGAGCAUGUUGGCGACAUGAAAAAAAAGACAUUGAAAUAAAACAGAUUCAAAGGGGCGCUGGAACUGAACUGCUACAAAACAGAACUGAACCGCGAAGGAUCAAAUCGCAGAACUUGAAUACUUCUACUGGAUGUAACUUUUGGGCCUCGGCAGAGUGCAGAGUGUGGGGGCUUGGGUGUCAGUGGGUCUCGACACUCUCCCAACACCGACCUAUCUGGACCAGGCCGGCUCAUUACAGUGAAUGACUUCAACAAAAAACAAAACAAGAAAAAAAAAAAAAAAGACUGACUCACGCAGAGCGGCGCUUGCAGAAGAGAAGACAUGGCAGGACCAGAUGCAUUUAAAAGACCAUUUUUUGGGGGAAAAAUAAGAAAACAUUUAAUGAGAGCUCGCAAGAAGAGCCCGAACUAACGGGGAACUAGCUCACGAGGGAAAUAACUUUUUAAAGAACGGUUUCAGAAGACGCUAAUAAAACAAAUAGCAGCCCCAUUUCAGAGGAAAAGGAACCUUUCUAAGGGGAUACGAUAUUUCAGGACACAAACUCACCGCGAUUCGGUUGGCCAUCUUUACUUGGAGUGCCUGUCCGUUUCCAGGGGAUGCUGUUGCCACGGUGAGCUGUAGCAACAAUCUCCAGGGAGUCUUACCCGUCAUUCCUCAGUUGAUUUAGGGACCAAAUGACCAAACGUUUUUAUCACUUAAAGACUUGUAGCUGUAUCAUACUCGGAC